UUUAGACGGUACAGUCACUUGAAGGUUGUUUUACUAUAAGUAUUUAAUGCUACGCCCACGUGCACUUACUUCCGCCUUAAGAAAAAUGAAUACUGGUGGAAUGCAGUCGGUUAUGUUAUUUAAUCCCGAAGGUGUCCUUCUAGCAUAUACAAGUCUUGCUGGUGACAGUGAACGAUCUAAGGCAGCAAUCGCUGCUAAUAUUUGGAAUAUAUAUCAGCGUCAGCUAGAAUCCAGUGAAUCGGAUACUGUUCAAGAAAUUAUCUUAGAAUUAUCCGAGGGUAGAUUAAUCAUCACACGUGUAGCCUCCGUUCUACUUUGCCUGCAUGCUUCAAAGGAUGUUGGUCUAGGAAUGCUACGAGCCAAAAUGAAUGCUUUAGUGCAAAACUUACAAGAACCACUGAGUAUCAUUGCAGCCUCUUGAGAUUUCGUGGUCAUUUGAUUUGAUUUUAGAAAAACCAAAAUAUUAUAUAUAUUAACUAACUAUAAUGUGAUAAUAUUGUGAUUUAAAUUUAUGUGAAAAAUGAUGUGCUUAUAUUGUAAAUCACUGCCCUUUGUAAAUAUAAGUCUAUUACAUAAAUACACAAUGAAUAUUGA